UUGAGAAAGCCGACAGUGGAUUAUAAAGGGAGAACGGACAGUUCAUUACAGCCAAAGCGCCGCAUAUAUUGCCCCAAAAAUAACAAAUCUGAUUUUUUUUUCUGUCCGGCCUUUGUCCGGUCUUACGCUGGAGCUGUAGAGCUGUAGAGGAAGAGAUGGGACGUUAUGGGGGGUGUUUAUAACAGAGAUGCAGUACCUUACUUUCAUCACAACUCCCCUGUCCUCAUAUCAUUGUGUAGCCUAACAGGGACAGUGAGGCCAUCACGCUAAACCAUUAUGACGGGUACGACAGAUUUCAGCCAUGCCAUGGUCGAUAUUGAAACCAACGGCGCCGAUUACGAAUAUGAUGAGGGUUAUACAGACGAGGUCUGUAACAAGAACGGCGUUGUCAAGUUUGGCUCCAUCGCCACCCCUGCCUUCUUCUCUGUGGUGACUAUCCUGAGUCUAGCGGGCAACAUCCUGGUCAUGGCCAUCCUGGCCAAGUACGAGAACCUCAAGUCUCUCACCAACAUCUUCAUCCUCAACUUGGCCCUAUCUGACCUGGUUUUCACCUUUGGUCUGCCCUUCUGGGCAGCCUACCAUAUCUGGGGCUGGACCUUUAGCCUGAUCCUCUGCAAGACCGUUACCUUUGUCUUCUACGCUGGCUUCUACAGCAGCGUUUUGUUCUUGACCAUCAUGACUAUCCACCGCUACCUGGCCGUGGUGCAUCCUCUGUCCGACCAUGGUUCCCAAAGGGGCUGCUACGGGGUCACAGUCUCUCUCGUCAUCUGGGUUGUUAGUUUUGUGGCGGCCGUCCCUGCUUUGAUUUUCAGCUCUGUCCAAAAGAACCCCCAUGAAGAAGACAACCAUUUUUACUGUGAAUACUGGGAUCCGCUGUGGAAGAGAGUGGGCAGCUACCAACAGAACAUCUUCUUCUUGGCUGCUUUUGCAGUGAUCGGGUUCUGCUACAUGAGGAUAUUGAGGACAAUCUUCAAGUCAAGGUCACACAUGAGGAAUCGAACUGUGAAGCUGAUCUUCAGUAUCGUGGCAGUAUUUUUCAUUGGCUGGGCGCCUUACAACGUGGUGAUAUUUCUGAGGUUGUUGACCGACUACUCCGUAGCACCUUUCAAUACUUGUGAGGUCAGCACAUGGCUUGACUAUGGGUUCUAUGUGUGUCGACUGAUUGCUUUCUCCCACUGCUGUCUCAACCCUGUCUUCUACGCAUUUGUUGGGAUUAAGUUCAGAAAUCACUUGAAGGUGAUCUUGCUGAAGCUUUGCCAUCGCCAAAGCACCAUGGAUACACAACAGAUUAGAUUACCUAACAUUUACUCGAUGGGAUCAAUGUACUAGCACAGGGGUCUUCAAUCUUUUCUUGCCCAGGGACCCACGCCAGGCAAACCGGCGACCCAAAAUAAGUCACAUCUUGUCAAAUCAAAAUCUAAUUUAUUGGUCACAUACACGUGUUUAGAAUAUAUUAUUGCGGGUGUAGUGAAAUGCUUGUGCUUCUAGCUCUGACAGUGCAGUAAUAUUUAACAAGUAAUAUCUAACAGUUUCACAACGUAUACCCAAAAUACACGUAAAUCUAAGUAAGGAAUGGAUUAAGAAUAUAAAUAUAUGCCAGAGUGGCAUUGGACUAAGAUAUCGUAGAAUAGUAUAGAGGACAGUUUAUACAUAUCAGAUGAGUAAGGCUACUAUAGACCAUCAUUGCAAAACAGUGUGUUUUAAUCAAUUAUUUGGUGACGUGAAUAUAUUUAGUAUAGUUUUAUCUAAAAAGGAUAACUUUUUCAAUGUCUUAACAUUUUUAUUUUUAUGAAAUUCACUGAGAAGGAUGGUCCUCCCCUUCCUCCACUGAGGAGCUUCCACUGUUCUACACAAUCUAAUAUGCCCCUUUUGGGGUCAUUUUGAGGUCACUUUUAUUAUAAAUAAGAAUAGAAUAUGUUCAGGGCCUAAAAUAAAUACCUGCCAAAUGCGGGUAGAUUUCUGGCAUUGGCGGAUAAGAUGUCUAUUUCACUAGCCACAUUGGCGGGUGGGCAGGGCUCCACAGUGUGACCAUUUCACUCGCAUUUGUGAAUGAAAAUAGUCAAGUAUGAUAACAAAAACAGCAGUAGCUGUUUCAAAGUAGUUCUGCCGGUUUGUUUCAUACCUGGUAAAUUAAAUCGCACAAAGAACUACCUGUCCAAUAUAGCCUAUGCCACCUCGCGCUGCAACACUGCUUGGCUGGGGGCUGUGGGCAUAUGAAGAUCUGAGUGAAAGAUUCAUUUUUAGAAACAGGCAUAAAAGUUGGCCUAAUUUACUUUUUUAACCCUUGUGUGGUGUUCGGGUCUGUGGGACCCAUUUUCAAUGUUUAUUAAAAUAAAAAUUAUGCAAUUAAUCAUUUUUCCAAGCUGAGACUCAUUGGCCUUGGCUCAUUUUCUGUGAAGAACAUGUAAAAGAACACAUUUUCCUUGAGUGCCCACUGUACACAUGUUACAUGUGUGGUGUUCAGGUCCACUGUGGACCAAUAACCUGUCUGUCUCCCUGCCUGUCUCCCGCUUUUCUUUCACUCUUUACCCUUUGUAGUGUGUGAAACUGUCUUGCGGGAAACUGUACAAUGGUAUUACAAUACAUUAUUUCGAUACAUUGUAAAAAAUGCAGUAUUUUCCCACACUCGACCCCAGCACAAACAUGACUGGAGUUGCGUAACCACGGUAACCUCCUGCCCUUAAAGGGGCAGGUGAAAAUAUUUGUCUCAUCCGUGAUAUUCUGGUAAAAAAAAACUCAGGUCACAAAUAUGAAAUUAAACAAUAUACCACAUUACUUCUUACUAGUAAUACAUUUAUUGUUUUAGAAAGAUUACAAAUCAUGAUCAUAUUUAUUUUUGUGUUUUGUUGGUGUAAUUUUAGCUGGGAAAAAUAGUUUUGGCUGGUAAAAAAUCUGAAUGACUGGUAAAUAUUUAAAUCUACCUGCCACAGUGGCUGGUGGAACAAAAAGCCAAUUUUAGGCCCGGAAUUUUUAACACUUUUACAUGAAUUUGGAUGCUACCGUGAUUAUGGAUAAUCCUGGAUGAAUUGUGAAUAAUGAUGAGUGAGAAAGUUAUAGACGCACAAAUAUCAUACCCCCCCCCCCAAAAAAAAUGUACCUCCCCUCUAAUUGUAAUGGUGAGAAGUUAGCAUGUCUUGGGGGUAUGAUAUUUGUGUGUCUAACUUUCUCACUAAUCAUUAUUCACGAUCCAUUCAGGAUUAUCCGUAACCAUGGUAGCAUCCACUUUUUAUUAUUGUAAAUAGUGUUCUUUAAUUGGAUCUUGAUCUUUUCAAUCGGUUGUAUUUUAAUAACAACUGCAAUGUAUAAAAAUCACAUUUCAAAUAAAGUUAGUGGUAUCUAAACAGAUCUGAAACACUUACUGUACAAAGGCUACUACAAUGCAAUGGAUUCUAGGGCAGAUACAGAAGAGGACAGACAUUUUAAAAAUCACUAAUGAGAGAUUUAAAUAUCGGGAUAUAGACCAAGUGGUUUAAGGGUAUAGGUUAGAACCGGGUGAUGACAGUGUGCUCAUCCCUGUUAAAAGCAAGGAUAGAAGUCAAGGAUGAGUGUGAGUUCUGGAGACAGCUUCACACACUCCUGUAGUUUGACAAGCACUGUCCGCCUGCUGUUCCUCCAAAGAAUUCUCUGUCCACAUUUUUGGACUGUGUGAUGCUUUAAAAAUAUAUAAUUUUAAGAAACUAGGGUUCCACUGCCCUCUGCUGGUGAAAGAGAGAGAAAAAAGAGGAAAGGUUUACAUAACGAGACCCCUUUUAAUGCUUAUCAGAGUAGGAUCAGGUCUCCUCUGUCCAUCUUAAUCUUAUUAAUUAUGAUGCAAAUGGAAAAACUAGAUCCUACUCUGAGACGCUUCAUGAAUAUGUACCCUGGUAUUCCCAGGCGGUCUGUCAUCCAAGUAGAACCCAAGUCUGACCCUGCUUACACACACACCCACACCCACGGUGGGUUAAGGUGUCAGCAUGCUUCAGUUUGGCUGGCAUCUAGCCUAACUCGGCUAGCAUACUCCCUUAAAAUGCUCCCUUCGCUUGAAAAAUGAGAAUAAAAUGGCAAUAGUACUGUUUGGCCAUUUUGAGACCCUGUACCCAAUAUUCUCUUCCUCAAAAUAGUCUGAAUUAAUCUAAAAUAACUCAAGAAAUCGGUCAUUAAUUGACAUUUUUUCAGAGGAGAUCUUAGGCGCACAAUUUUACAUCUAAGAUCUUUGGUGUAGUAUUUCUCAAGUGAAAAAAUGUGCAUGAAAACAAUUAGUCUAUCUUUAAAUGACACAAAAAAAAAUACACCCUAACGUACCGCUACAUGCAGUGCAGAAAGCAACUAGACACAAACAAGAUCCCACAAACCAAAGGUGGAAAAACGUCUGCCUAAGUAUGAUCCCCAAUCAGAGACAACGAUAGACAGCUGCCUCUGAUUGGGAACCAUACCCGGCCAACAAAGAAAUAGAAAAACUAGAAUGCCCACCCAAAUCACACCCCGACCUAACCAAAUAGAGAAAUAAAAAGGCUCUCUAAGGUCAGGGCGUGACACCAUGGUGCCGAGGUAAUUACAAUAUUGCAAUUAAAACACUGGAAUGGUAGAUGUGCAGAAGAUGAAUGUGCAAGUAGAGAUACUGGGGUGCAAAGGAGCAAGAUAAAUAAAUAAAUAUAGUAUGGGGAUGAGGUAGUUGGAUGGGCUAUUUACAGAUGAGCCAGUGUAUGAAUGAAACUGAUUUGCACAUAGUGGCCGAUUACAUUAUUGCAGGAAAACUUAAAUCCAAUUGACCUAAUCUCUACCAGCCUGUCACAUGCAACUAGAGUGGGAAAAAACUAGACCACCUUUACUCCACACACAGAGACGUGUACAAAGCUCUCCCUCGCCCUCCAUUUGGCAAAUCUGAUCAUAAUUCUAUCCUCCUGAUUCCUGCUUACAAGCCAAAACUAAACUAGGAAGCACCAGCGACUCGCUCAAUACGGAAGUGGUCAGAUGUAUGCUACAGGACUGUUUUGCUAGCACAGACUAGAAUAUGUUCAAAAAUCAUGCAGUAAUAUCUAACAAGUAAUAUAUCUAACAAUUUCACAACUACCGUAUACACACAAGUGUAAAGGAAUGAAUAUGAAUAUGUACAUAAAAAUAUAUGAUUGAGUGAUGUCCGAACGGCAUAGGCAAAGAUGCAGUAGAUGGUAUAGAGUACAGCAUAUACAUAUGAGAUGAGUAAUGUAGGGUAUGAAAACAUUUAAAGCGGCAUUGUUUAAAGUGGCUAGUGAUACAUUACAUCAAGAUGGCAAGAUGCAGUAGAUGGUAUAGCGUACAGUAUAUACAUUUGAGAUGAGUAAUGUAGGGUAUGUAAACAUUAUAUCAUAAGUGGCUAGUGAUACAUUACAUCAAAAUGGCAAGAUGCAGUAGAUGGUAUAGAGUACAGUAUAUACAUAUGAGAUGAGUAAUGUGGGGUAUGAGAACAUUAUAUAAAGUGGCUAGUGAUUGUUAAGGGAUUUUUUUUAUCAAUAAUGACUAAUUAUGUAUACAUUUCAAUCAGGACUAAUCAGAAUACUAUUAUGUUACUGUAUAUGUAUGAAUUUUCUUUUUUAUCCUAGUACUGAAUAUAAUGUGUGUAAUUAUAAUCAAGAAGUAGAACAAUGACUGUCUGUUCCUUGGUAGAAAUGAAUGAACUUAUCGCCAGACUGGCUAGAAUGCUUAUCUACACAGGCAGACCUUGGCUCGGUCAUAAAUUAUCUAAAUUAGUUGAGACGAUGUGGGAAGGCUUGAGAACUAUACAGCCUUUGUACCAGGGUGAAGAAGAGACGGGACAGUUUGAAAAAGAAUGACGUCAUUUUCAGUUUAUAACCUGUGGUAAACUGUAUCAUGUUCAGUACUCUCGAGAAUAAACGCUGCUGGUUGAUUUUGA